AUGUUAUUCAAGAACUUCAUAGCUUUCGCGAGCUUGGCUCAUGGUCUAGCAAUCAACGAGAAUAAGCCCAUUUGGCUAACACUCCCACCAACGCCAGACUUGCCAUCGCCCAUCAGCACCACAACAAGCCUGAUCAAUGGGGUCCAUCUUUGGAUGCAAGAGUACAAUAAAGGCGCAGGUGGAAUUCCAGUUGUUUUCGACCACGGCGGACUCGGCUACUCAGCAUAUUUUGGAUCUGUCAUCUCACGUCUCGUUGAUCAAGGCCACUAUGUGAUUGCCGUUGAUCGUCGCGGUCACGGCCGUUCAACCUUCAAUCAGGGCGACGUUUUUACUUAUGAUCAGUUCGCCAAGGAUAUCAACGAUCAGCUCAAGGCCGCUGGCGUGCACGAGUACAACGUCGUGGGAUGGUCUGAUGGUGCUAUAACAACUCUCUCGGCGCUCAUCAACCCAGUCACCGCAAAGCCUAUCAAGAAAGCCUUCAUCUUUGGCGGAUCGGCCAAUCCGGAACAGACCAACUCUACCUUCUCAGACACAGCCAUCUUCUCGGAAUUUGUUUCGCGCAGUCGCACCGAGUACGCUCAACUGCAGCCAAACGCCAACUUUACCUUGUUCGGCAGCAAGGUUCUCACUCUGGAGGCUACGCUGCCCCAGUUCACGAGCGAACAGCUUGGAUCUAUUGACGGAAGCAGAGUCAUUAUUGUUGGUGCGGAACAUGAGGAGGCUGUUAACCGGGAUGUGCCCAAGAAGCUGCAGAGUGCUAUCAAGGGAAGCCAGUUGAAGAUUCUCACUGGUGUGAGUCACUUUGCGCCGCUUCAGGACCCCAAGCAGUUCACUGCUGCUGUCGAGAAGUUCUUUGGGUUCUAG